CAACUUCUGAUAAAUAAGUAGCGAUCGAUUACUUACUUACCCACCAUUCACAAGAAGAAGAAAAAAAAUGGGAGUUGCAGGAACAUUGGAGUACAUAUCAGACUUGAUGAACAGUGGUCAUAAACAGAAAAAGAAGAAGCAGCAGCUACAGACAGUCGAUCUGAAGGUCCGAAUGGAUUGUGAUGGUUGUGAGCUUAAGGUCAAGAAAGCUCUCUCUUCUCUUUCUGGUGUGAAGAAGGUUGAAAUAAACAGGAAACAACAGAAGGUGACAGUGAGUGGCUAUGUAGAAGCAAACAAGGUACUGAAAAAGGCCAAGUCAACUGGUAAAAAAUCAGAGAUUUGGCCAUAUGUGCCCUACAAUCUCGUCGCACAGCCCUACGCUGCUCAAGUAUAUGACAAGAAAGCCCCUCCUGGUUAUGUCAGAAAGGUAGACACCAGUGCUUCAGUUGGUGUUACCAGAUACGAAGACUCUUCCUACUCUUACGUCACCUUGUUCAGUGAUGAUAACCCUAAUGCAUGUUCUGUUAUGUAAGUACAGAACUACGGUUGUCAAGACGAGAUCGUUUUGAAGCCUUUUUUGAGUAACCCACGUAUAGCCUACGGUUAUGAAUGUAUGAUGGGGUUGUUGGGGUUUGAGAACCGUAUAAGGCCGGUGGAUGUAUGUAUUACAGAACCUCUAGUAAUUAACAUGCUAUCUCUUGCCAAACGUAUUUCUUUUUAUAUUGUAGUACUAAAUAAAAUGCUCUUUCUAACAAUCUGAUGUUAAAUAUAUCUAUUGGAUAACUAAAUAUUAAUGUGGAGAUCGGUUUUGGUUUAA